CUGUGUAUCAGAUGUUGUGGGUUAGUUGCGUCUUACCCCAGCCAACUCGACGCUAGGGCCGAUUUUCAGUGUUUUUAUAAUGAACGACUGGACAGAAUUUCUCAGAAGCACACGACCGGUUCUGCGGUCCUCGCCGCUCGUCAAGUAUGCGGAGUUGUGCUUACCCCUUUUGAAAAAAAUCUCGAAUUUUGGCGGCAACUCUGGCGUGUGGUCGAGAGAAGCGAUCUCCUGGUGCAAAUUGUCGAUGCUAGACAACCGUUGCUCUAUUACAGUUCCGAUUUGGAGGCGUACGCGCGCGAUGUCGAUCCGAAUAAACGAUGUAUCGUGUUGGUCAAUAAAUCGGAUUUCCUCACCGAGGAGCAAAGGUACGUUUGUGUGUGUAAUUUGUUUUAUUCUUGCGUUGCAAACGAGAUGGGGAAAAGCACAAAUUCUGAGAGCGGUGCAAAUGGGGUUCAGGUAAACAUGGUCAGUUGCCACACCGAGUCAUUCCAAGCGAUUCUGAUACUGCAUCUUGACGUGGUAUGA